GGGGAGGGGCGACUCCGAGUCGGCGUCCAGCUUAGGGCGCCCGCUCUCGUCACUGCAGCUGCUGACCGGGCAAGCGCCGUGCAAGCGGGCAGACGCGCCAGGCGACGACGCUCCACGGCUUGCCAUGGCCCAGGCCAAGGUCGGCAACGCCAAAAACAGUGGAGGCGGCGGCGACGAGGCAACCCAGCAAGCGGCCGCGGGUCAGCAGUCCCGGGGUCGCUUCUUCCGCUCCACCUCCAUGGCGGACCGCUCCAGCCGCUUGCUUGAGUGCCUGGACCAGCUGGAGCGGAGAGUUGAAGCUUUGCGUGAUGCUGCGGCUUCAAUGGAACAAGAAAAAGAAACUCUUCUGGAAAUGAUCCAUAAUAUACAGAACAGUCAGGAUAUGAGGAAUAUUAGUGAAGGUGAAAGAGAAGAACUUACUCUGACUGCCAAGCGCCUUAUGGGCCGAACCAUCACUGUUGAGGUUUCGGUAGAAACCAUACGAAAUCCUCAGCAGCAGGAAUCCCUGUUGCGGGCUACCCAGAUGAUUGAUGAAAUAGUCAAUAAACUCUUGGAUGAUUUGGAAGACUCAAAGAGCCGGUUAAUAUCACUUUAUGGCGCUUGUACAUCUGAGACACCAUCGGGACCUGUUAAUCAAAAAUUUCAGUCUGUUGUAAUUGGAUGCGCCAUAGAAGAUCAAAAGAAAAUUAAGAGACGGCUAGAGACUUUGCUUAGAAAUAUAGACAACUCCGAAAAGUCCAUCUUGCUUCUAGAAAACCAAAGAACAACUUCAAGGCAACUCUGCAACAAUGGAAAAGAUUAAAAGCUUUUGAUCCCCAUUAUGAAAAAGUAAAAUGUUUUCUUCAAAUAUACAAAAUCAAAGAAAUGCUGACA